CCAGCGUACACAAAAUAUGUACAAUAUAUAGAACAUUUGUACAGAUGUAAAAAGAAAUUAAAUUAUUUUAAAUGUUAAUAUAACAAACUACAUGUUUAAUGUUGUGUUUACAAUAUGUGACUUAUUAUGUGGACAUGGUGAAAAAUACAGGCUUCAAAAUUACGCAGCUGGAGCAGCCAGGCCAGAGUGGGUGCUCUAUACAGCACCCAGCGGUCGCCUCAGCUGGGCAUAACAGCCUGUACGACCACCAGCAGCAGCAAGUGCAUCAGCAACAACAACAGUGCCUCAGGGCAAAUGGACUAGUUAACGGAGUAGCCAAGGGCAUACCUCACGCUAGCCCGCUCGCAACCGCUGCUCCCACUCACAGUUUCUUUCCGCAGUUUAAUAUGGCGGCUGCCUGGCCAAAUUACCAUUCCCUAAGACUGCACCCGUUCGGCAACAUACCAACAGUGUCAGCAUAUCCGCCAGUAUGUUCGUAUUUUCCAGCCGUUGCGGCAAGAAAACAGAGGCGGGAGCGGACCACUUAUAGCAAGGAGCAGCUACAAGUCUUGGAAAUUUUGUUCGACAAGACCAGGUACCCCGACAUUUUUAUGAGGGAAGAAGUUGCCGCUAAAAUUGGGGUAGCAGAAUCCAGGGUGCAGGUAUGGUUUAAGAACCGACGAGCCAAAGCCCGUACGCAACAGCAGCAACACGAGGCAGAGAGGAACAAGCCGAAGAAAAUGCGACGCCCUUCCGCAUCAUCGGCAACAUCAUCUUUGUCGCAACCGUCGACUUCUGUGUCUCAACCGUCCACUUCCGCUUCUUUGCCACAACCGCAACAAGAAGCCUCGAUAGUAGCCUCAACUGCCAUACUACCGAAAAAACUUUCGCCCCCGUCAAAUAUGCUGACGCCGACAAGCAGCAUAUCGUCCCCUCCGGGAUCAAGUUUAAAAACAGAUUUACCUGGCCAAUCUGUUUUAGAAAAGAUGACGGAGGUGUAUGGUUGCAGCCCUGACCUACCGACAACGGGGAGUCCAUUCAUUCAACAAAACUCCUCAUCGCCAUUCGGACAUGCGACACAAGGCUCACCGACUACGCAGGUCUCCCAGAUUUCGCCUCAGUCAUGCGUGUCACAUCUAAGCAAUACUAUUCAAAAUUUUACCCUGGGAAGUAGUGCGGGGAGCGUAAGCCCAUCCCCGCCUACGACACCGGGAAUGGCUGUGUACAACCACGCUCCGAAUGUUGUGCCAACGAACUAUCCCCACGCACAUACUCAAACCUACCAAACUGAUUUAAACAACCAUAAUGCUUGGUAUGCGAACCAGGUCGCUCAGACCAAUUAUUAUCAAAAUAACCAGAACCACGGGUCGUAUCCUAAUCAGGUUCUGAAUGUAGAUUAUCAUCACUAUCAAGCUUACCCUUAUCCAAACGGAAACCACUGGGGUAAUAUUCACCCACACCCGGGGUACAGCGUGCCACCCAGCACCUCACAAUGCUAUCCCAACUUUGAUAACCAAAAUCACAUGCAGCAUUAGUGAAUGGAUAGUAUUUUUGUCUGACGCAACGUGAUUGAUAGAACACUGACAAAAGCUGAUUGUCAUUUUUAAUAGUAAUAUUUUGUAUCAUAUGUAUAUAGGAUGAAACGAACGGAAAAAUCCGUUUAUUUUUGUAAAUAUUACAGUGUCUAUAGCAAUUAGGUACCACACGACACCAAAAUAUUAUAUGAUCAAAUAUGCUUUGACUAAGACAGUUAAAAAACCGCUGUCAUUUUGAGAAGCAUGUUUCGUCAUAAAUCAUUUUGACCAUUUUUUCAAUUUGUAAUUUUGUUUAUAUAUUUUUUGUUUACAUCAGUUUAUUUCAUACAUUUUAUUAAAAUUUCUGUUCUUUCUACUGCAUAGUCUAAAAUCUUGACUCGUACAUAAUCCUGAAAAGUUUGGAUUAUUCAGAUAUACAGGGUGACCCAGAAAUAAGUGCAAGUAUUUUAAGGGGUGGU